AUGUCCUCGUCGGCUCUCAGGGUGGCCGUGGUGUGCAUGAACAACAUGAACCGGAGCAUGGAAGCGCACAGUAUCCUUCAGAAGAGAGGGUUCAGCGUGCGGUCCUUUGGAGCCGGAUCUCGGGUGAAGCUCCCAGGACCCCCACACUGUCGUCGGCGUCCCGUGCGGUACGAUUUCUCCACGACAUACAGGCAGAUGUAUGACGACCUCUCCAGGAAAGACCGGGAAUGCUACAGAGGCAACGGAGUUCUGCACAUCUUGGAGAGGAACGAGAGAAUCAAACCUCGGCCAGAAAGGUUUCAGGAGUGCAGCGACCCCUUCGACCUCAUCUUCACCUGCGACGAGAGGGUCUACGACCGAGUGGUGCAAGAGCUGAAUGCCCGGGAGCAGGUGACCUUCCAGCCUGUGCACGUGGUGAACGUGGACAUCAAGGACACCUUGGAGGAGGCCGCCCUCGGGGCGUUCCUCAUCUGCGAGCUGUGCCAGAACUUACAGCAGGCGAACGACAUGGAAGACAGUCUGGAUCAGUUGCUGCUGGCAGCGGAGGAGAAAACAGGAAAGAGCUUUCUUCACACGGUCUGCUUUUACUGA